AGAACUACAAAAAAAAAAAAAAAAAAAAAAAAGGAGGACGGCCACGUAGCUCGCUCGUUAGCGUCAACGACAGCAACAGCAGAGACGUUUAUAUCAGCUACUUUGUCUUUUCUUUCUUCAAAACGGGUUAUGUUUGUAUCACUGAUGCCAACUGCUUUAAUUCAAAUGUUUAACGAUUUAGUGUUUUUUUUUUAUUAGUUUAGGUAAAGCAGUUAGCACAAGUUAACUGUACGGGGCUAACCUUAACUGCACCUUAAAGCGGCACCCCCUCCCGCGCUACAGACCAAAACUUAUUUGUUGACUUAUUUGUCAAUGUUACUAACUUAUCCCAUUGAAAUAGCUUAGAUAUAACCGGCAGCAGUCUGAGACCGAUGAGUCAGAGCCUGAGGCCGGCCCGAGCCGAGUGAUGGAGAGACAUGAAGCAGAGGUGGAGGAGGAAGCUGGUGAGGAGGCAGAUUUAACGGAACUGAAGGAUUGCAGUGUCAUUGUGGAACGUCUCCACAUGAAUGAAAGAGCCCUCAAAAAAGAACUUGAGGAGAAAGAAGAUAUGAAUCGUAAGGGGGGGAAACCCGUCUCCCGAAUUCCAACUUUUCAGAAGCGACCAGGCAGUUCCAGUCAGAGCGCCGAGCUUCCCGCUCCAAGAAAAGACGCCUACGUUCACGCAGCUCAGCCUUCUGAGAAAGAUGGAAGUGUGGAGGCUUUAAAGUCCAAACACCUUGAGGUCAGAGAAAUGGCGCUUCCUCCACCAUCAGUCCGUGUUCCUGGCAUCGGCUUUGUCACACCCUCUGUGGCCAGCAGUGUGGAACAAGCUGCUGCAGCGGGUCACGCCUCUAUGAUCACUGCUCCAAAAAGCAAGAGUCUGUCUGAGCCUGCUCAGGAUCUUCUCAUGAUCGCCAGCCCCAGACCUCCUCUCAGACCAAAGCAGGACUCACCCAAAACCUCCAAAACUGAAGCAGGUAGCACACCAUGUGGUUCUCCGAGUUCCCUCCCUGAGGAAAGCUCCCUCAGCCAGAAGCUAGAUGAAGAACACACAGGGACUAUCAUCAACGCCAGCGGAGACACAGAGAAGUCUGAAAAGAUGUCUGACUCCGCUGAGGUCGGCCAAAUAGAGGCCAUUAUGGACGAAGAACCGCCUUGGAAGACGGAUCCAGUGGAAACGGCUGAACUGAGAGGUAGAAGAUAUUCGUCAGAUGCAGAGUGUGAAGAGGAUCUGUCGAGUGAAGCAUCUGAGGGCCUCGAUUCAGAGGAUGGUGAGGAACAUCAGGAACCACUCGAACGCCAAGCAGAGCUUCCUGAUCCUGAGGUGAAAAAAGUCAACAUGGAUGAAUCCGUCUCUCCCGGGGCACAAGAAAAGGCAGCUGAAGGGAAGCCAGCAAAGUCGACUAAGAGGUCGAUACGCUCCGGCUUUACUCUCUUCUUCUUGCUGCUGCUGGGAGGGUUCAGUCUGCACGUCUGGCAAUAUGGGCUUCCCACGUCUGUGGCCCAGCUCACAGCUCAGCUGGAGCUGCACCGGCUGGAGGGCGUCGGCUUAAUGCCGGAGCCUUGUAGCGUAGACUGCCGGGUGCAACUGGUGGAAAGCAUCCCUGUUGGCCUGUACCCGACCUCUUCAUCACCCAGGCCGAGCAUCGCAGACAGCUGGCUGCAGCUGCUGGACAAGGCCAACAGCUCAGUCCACAUCGCUGCUUUUUACUUUACACUGCGGGGCAGCGACGUCGAGUUAUCUGACCCCUUAGACUCUCAGGGGAGGAAGGUCUUUGAGCAGCUGAAGCAACUUGAAUCCAAAGGUGUAAAACUCCAGGUUGCUGUCAAUGGCCCUCAAACCUCAACCCAGGACACAGCAGAACUGACUGCAGCAGGUGCACAGGUCAGAGAGGUGGACCUCAGUGCAGUGACUGGAGGCAUCGUCCACACCAAGCUGUGGGUCGUGGACCAGAAGCACUUCUACUUGGGUAGUGCUAACAUGGACUGGCGCUCUCUCAGUCAGGUGAAGGAAGUGGGUCUGUCAGUGGAGGACUGCAGCUGCCUGGCUCAGGAUGCCUUUCGGAUCUUCGGGGUGUACUGGACCGUUGGAGGAGCCAAGAACGGCUCCCUCCCACCGUUUUGGCCCGCCCGACUCUCUGCACUGUCCAGUGCUGACAGACCUCUCCACCUAAAGCUUAAUGGAGUUCCUGCUCAAGUCUACCUGUCUAGUGCUCCGCCACCGAUCUCAGCCCGCGGGCGCUCCGACGAUCUCUCCACCAUCCUGUCUGUCAUCGACGACGCCCAGAGGUUCAUUCACAUCUCUGUCAUGGACUACCUCCCUCUGUCUCAGUACACAGAGCCAGUAAGGUUCUGGCCUGCCAUAGACUCCAGCCUGCGUGCCGCGGCAUGCACCAGAGGGGUGCAGGUAAGCCUGAUGGUCAGCUGCUGGGAGCACUCACCAGCCUCCAUGUUCACCUUCCUGCAGUCGCUGCUGGUCCUCAGCAGACCUCCGCUGAAAUGCAAUAUUGACGUGAAAAUCUUUACGGUGCCUUCAACAGCUGAGGAGAAGAAGAUCCCCUUUGCACGUGUCAAUCACGCUAAAUACAUGGUCACAGACAGAGUGCUCUAUAUAGGGACAUCCAACUGGUCCGAGAACUACUUCACACACACUGCCGGUGUGGGCUUGGUGGUGAACCAGACGGACUCUGUGGUUAAUGAGGGCCAGCAGACUCUGCAGAGUCAAGCGGAGGAAGUCUUCCUCAGAGACUGGAGCUCUGACUACGCCAGACCGCUCGGUAUAGACGACAUGAACGCCUGUCGCCACAGCCGCCGCUGAGGGGUCUGUCGUUCAGAAGAGCACAACGCGUUUUAGAUGAACAUUUUACUGGCUCCUUCCAUAACUUUAUUCUACAUAUGCAGAUUUGGUUCGCUAUGACCAAACACAGCUGGGUUUUAAUGCUGCCUCCUGUUUUAUUGCCAUUGGCUUCCAGCAAUUUCUGUAUAUAAAUGCAUUUCAAAUAUUGUUAAAAAAACUAGUUAUUUUUAUAAUUCCUCUUAUGGGUUGAGGUGCAAGGGAGAUAACUUUGCACAAUUAAUGUCUGGAGUUUUUUGUAAAUAUUCCCGACAGCCAGUUGUGCCAAGUUUAAAUGAUGCAGGGAGUCAUGUCUCCAAAGAGGUGCAUGCACCAAAGCCUUGUUUACGCUGCAGAAGCUGUCAACUGUAAUGUUUGGAUGUUUCUCUUUUUAAUAAAAGCUGUAAGCCAUCAGAUUUUCUUUUUAUUACAAAUAAUCGACCCAAAGAAAGAAGUCCAGUUUGAAUGUGCACUACUUAAAAACCCUAAAUGUUUUUGUUGUCAAACGAGCUCCGUUUUAUUGUGUUGAUCAUUACUGUUUCCUCCUUCAACACGUUGGCAGGGUUUUCUAUUGUAGGUCUGACAUCCUCUUCCUGUCAGCAGACAUGCGUUGACAUAUCAAACAAAGGGACCUCCUGGCAGCAGCUGGAACACAGCAAAUUAUUGAACGUUUCCUUUAAAAUAAAUUCUUCCGUAACAAAUUCA